AUGGGACGAAAUAACGUCUCCGUCCUCACUCAGCCGUUUGGAAAAGGGAAUAGCGAGAGCCGAGAGUCGUCUUCCUCAAUCGGUUGCUUCAUCUUCUCGACAUCGACCUACUACUUGCUCAGUCGCAAAACCUUCUGCUCGACAUUACCCUCAUUAUCGGCGGCAGCUCCUCCGGCCGUAGCUCGCAUCUCCUCCGACGUCCAAGCUCAAGAUCGUCUCCUUCAGUGGCCUUGGCAUCAUACAUCUCCGCCUCCCGCUCCCCGCACCGGGCCGCUGUCCCAAAUCCAUGUCGUUGUGUCGCACUCCAGACGGCCACCGUUGCCUGUCGCACGAAUGUAA